GCCACGCCCCCUUCUAAAAGCUCCGCCCACAACCCCCACGAAGCCACGCCCCUAUUUACACCCAGUCGUUCUUUCCCAAAUAAACGUAGCCACGCUCCUUGCUUAACUCCACCCCCCCGUUCAGACCACGCCCACCGCUCCAAGCCACGCCCCCUCCAGCUACGCUUUCCCGUUCUCGCCCCCCUUGGCCCCUGCCAUCAUUAUUUGGCCCCGCCCACACAACGACCACGCCCCCUUUUCUACCGGUGGCUCCACCCCCCCGAGCUCACCGGGCUCCACGUGUUUGAGCAGGCCGCGCUUGGCCAAGCGGCACUGCAGAGCGGCGGGAAGCGGCAUGGCGGCCGGCGGCGGAACCGGAAGCUUCGGGAGGCGGGAACCGGAAACGCGUUAACGGAAGUUAGCGGCAGUGACACCGGAAGUGCACCGGCUGCACCGGAAGUCCGUCAGAAACCAUGGAAACGACUCAAAAACAAGAGGAAGCCGAAGCAGCAAGACCCGAAGUCACAUCAGUGCCGCCGGAAGUACCGCGCCGACACACCGGAAGUACCCCGGGAAGCCGCCUCAGUACCAUGGAAACUACCGGAAGUCCCUCGGCGCCGCCGCCGUCACGUGAGCCUCGCCAACCAAUCAGCGCCGCCCGAAGACUUCAGCCAAUGGGAGGCUCCGCUUGUGGCCACGUGACGGGGGCAAUGGAGCGGUAUUAAUACGGGGUUUUAUUCCCCCCCACCCCCACCGCCGUGUUUAUGUAGGGUCGCCUUUGCGGUGCCUUAUAUGGAAUCUUUCCCACCCCCAAUAUUUACCUACAGUCUCCCCCCCAGCCCCAAUGUUUCUAUAGGGCUCCCAUCCCCGCAGGUUUCCAUAGGGCCCCCCCUAACCCCAAUGUUUCCAUAGGAUUCCCACCCCCCCCAUGUUUCCAUAGGGUCACCCU